AUGCAGCUCCUCUGGCUGUCCCUGUUGCCCUGUCUGUACUUGGCCUCCCUGUGCUCUGCAGAGCAAGGACUGGAGUUCCCCAGCUUUGACGGGAAGGACCGCGUUCUGCACAUCAACGAACGCAACUACAAGAAGGCUCUGAAGAGGUUUGACAUGCUGUGCCUACUCUACCAUGAACCGCAGCCAGCUCACAAAGGCAGGCAGAAGCAGCUUCAGAUGACUGAGCUUGUGCUGGAGGUAAGAGGGGGAAGAGGAGACGAGGUGAGAGUGGAGGAGAGAGAGGGGGGAAAAGUAGUGCAGGGAUGUGCAGAUGCUAUUGGGCAGCCAACAGGGGCCAACGUUCCUUGUCUGAGGGUCAGUGCUAUCUGGGAUCCUUGGGACGUCCAUUCCCCAUUGUUGUUGAAAUUGAAAAUGGUUAAGGUAAGGAUUAAAAUUAGGGUUAGGGUUAGGUAAGGGUUAGGGUUAGGGUAGGGGUUAAGGUUAGGGUUAGAGUUUUGGGUAGGGACAUCCCAAGGAUCCCGGAUAGUAGAUGUUUCUUGGUAAGCAAGGUCAACAAGGUUGUGAAUAGGAUUAUGGGAUUAUUAUUCGACCCCAAGACAAAAUGUGUAGAGCACAGACAAAAGGUCAUUUUAACAGAUGAAGAUGGGGACAUAUGGACAUGUAGAGCUUUAAGGCUUAAUGGUAAUCACAGUGAAUUUAAACAUUUAAUUUGAUAAUUGACAUGGCAGAUAUACUACACAUCCUAGUUCCUUAGAUACGUCUUUGUAAAAGCACCUGUUUGUUCCCAAGGUCAGCAUCGUCUUUCCAUCACAUUUAAGCUGGUUGAUUUACAUGGCUUCACUCACUGAAGUUAACUGUCUGUCACUUCAACUCCGGUGACAUCAUAAAUAGUGUUGACAUCUUUAUGCGCUACCAGGACAUUUGAAAUGAGGAUUGCUGGACACUGUGUGGACAAGAGUUACAGCAGAAAUAAGUUAUGUGCCUGGACAGCUGCUAUAUGACCAAUCAGAAGCCUUUGUAAAACAAAGAUUUGAUGUCAGAGAUUAGUCAAAGCACCUCAAUCACACAUAACUUUCUGUCACUUACACUGAAGCUUAUCUGUCACAACAUGUCAUGAGAAAGAACAGACUAAAACUAGAAUAAUAUCUUAUUUCCGUUUUCCAUACUUGAUGCACGUGUCAAACUCAUUCCACAGAGGGCCGAGUGUCUGCGGGUUUUCACUCCACCCUUGUACUUGAUUGAUGAAUUAAGGUCACUAAUUAGUAAGGAACUCCCCUCACCUGGUUGUCUAGGUCUUAAUUGAAAGGAAAACCAAAAACCUACAGACACUCGGCCCUCCGUGGAAUGAGUUUGACAUCCUUGACCUAAAGAGUGAACUCUAUAGGUUAUAUUGAUGUCAUUUGUCAAAGGUUGAUGGGUAGUUUUAGAGAGAGCAUUACCUGGUUUCUCUUGUAGAACAGAGCAGUAUCAUACAUUCAGGAUGUGAUGAUUAUGUAUAUUCCCAUGUUGAUUACCCCAAUGUCCCAGGAUUCUAGGUCAGCCUAUAAUUAUAGCUUAUAACUACUUAAUUGGCUCAGAAUACAUGAACUAGCUAAUCAAAGAGGCUCCAUUGCUUCUUGUGACAGUAUAAAUGCAUAGUAAACAGUAGCUUAACUAUUCGCAAAUAUCAGUUUUUCGAUAAGUUAGAAGUACCCACCCCAGUCACAACAUUUUUUUUUUAAACAUUUUUUAGUCAUUUAGCAGACGCUCUUAUCCAGAGCGACUUACAGUUAGUGAAUACAUAUUUUUUUUAUACUGGCCCCCCGUGGGAAUUGAACCCACAACCCUGGCGUUGCAAACACCAUGCUCUAUCAACUGAGCUACAUCCCUGCCGGCCAUUCCCUCCCCUACCCUGGACAACGCUGGGCCAAUUGUGCGCCGCCCAUGAGUCUCCCGGUCGCGGCCGGCUGCGACAGAGCCUGGAUUCGAACCAGGAUCUCUAGUGGCACAGUUAGCACUGCGAUGCAGUGCCUUAGACCACUGCGCCACUCAGGAGACUGACCUGAGUCAAACUCCCCUUUACCCCUCUGCAGUGCAGUAGUAGUUUAGAGGCCUUUGUUCCUCUCUGAGGAAGUGUUUUCUGAGCAGUAAACAGUGCUGACACUUACAAAGGAGUUUCUCCCACAGUCAGUCCACAGGGUGCUCUCCUCUAGAACCUUGGUGAUCAAAGCCAUAUUGACAAAGACAGCACUGGCUGCGGUUGCCAGCCCAAAUACCAAGCAUCAGAGAGAGAGGAAGUUGAGUUUGAAAGCAGGUUAUAUAUUUAUAUUUCCCACAGUGGACUACUGCAAUGCAGAAUUGUUCUAAUGAUUGAGGUGGAUCAUAAAGAAAUAAGAGCCCACAACACCCCAAACAACACAUUGUUGAAAUACCAAGUUGGCUGAUAAUAAAUGUUGUGUCUUGUUAAAUCCUCAGCUGACUGCACAGGUCCUGGAGGACAAGGACAUUGGCUUUGGGAUGGUCGACUCCCAGAAGGAUGCUAAAGUGGCCAAGAAACUGGGUACGUCCUCAUUUGUCAUAUAUAGGUCCCAGAGUGUUUCCUGGUCAGGUCACAUGGUCAGGCAAACCCCUGGUCACAUCAAAAAUAUCAAAAUGCCAUAACCUCUACAAAAUAGGUAUUUGUCUAGGCUUGUUUUCCAGUUGGCGCCCAGUCACCAAUGCUUCCUGAAUCCCCCUGUCACGAUCGUCAUAAGAAGCAGACCAAGGCGCAGCGUGAUAUGCGUACAUCUUUUAAUGAGUACUAUACACAAAUAACAAAACAACAAAACGAUACGUGAAGUCCUAGGUUAAACACCAAAACAAACCUUACGGAACAAGAUCCCACAAAUGACAAGUGCAAAACAGGCUGCCUAAGUAUGGUUCCCAAUCAGAGACAAAAAGCAACAGCUGCCUCUGAUUGGGAACCACCCCGGCCAACAUAGAAACACAUGAACUAGAACAUGAACAUAGAACAUACAACAUAGACACUACACACCCUGGCUCAACUUUUAAGAGUCCCCAGAGCCAGGGCGUGACAGUACCCCCCCCCCCCAAAGGCGCGGACUGCGACCGCGCCAACCAAACACAACAGGGGAGGGGCCGGGUGGGCAUUCCGCCUCGGAGGCGGAUCCGUCUCCGGGCGUGACCACCACUCUCUCGCUACCCCCCCGUAGCGCCCCUGGUGUGGUCCCGCUGGCUGGAGCUGGACUGGACAUCGGUGGAGCGGAUUGCUUUGGCUCCGGUGUGGAGCAGCUGACCGGUGCCGGACCAGGCACCGGUGGAACAGGCACGGACCGUGCCGGACUAACGACGCGCACCACUGGCUUGGUGCGGGGAGCAGGAACAGGCCGGACCGGGCUGGCGACGCGCACCACUGGCUUGGUGCAGGAACAGGCCGGACCGGGCUGACGACGCGCACCACUGGCUUGGUGCGGGGAGCAGGAACAGGCCGGACCGGGCUGGUGACGCGCACCACUGGCUUGGUGCGGGGAGCAGGAACGGGCCGGACCGGGCUGGCGACGCGCACCACUGGCUUGGUGCGGGGAGCAGGAACGGGCCGGACCGGGCUGGCGACGCGCACCACUGGCUUGGUGCGGGGAGCAGGAACGGGCCGGACCGGGCUGGCGACGCGCACCACUGACUUGGUGCGGGGAGCAGGAACGGGCCGGACCGGGCUGACGACGCGCACCAUUGGCUUGGUGCGGGGAGCAGGCACAGGCCGGACCGGGCUGGCGACGCGCACCAUUGGCUUGGUGCGGGGAGCAGGAAUGGGUCGGGCCGUACUGGGAACACGCACCACUAACUUAGUGCGGGGAGCAGGAAUGGGUUGGGCCGUACUGGGAACACGCACCACUAACUUAGUGCGGGGAGCAGGAACGGGUUGGGCCGUACUGGGAACACGCACCACUAACUUAGUGCGGGGAGCAGGAACGGGUUGGGCCGUACUGGGAACACGCACCACUAACUUAGUGCGGGGAGCAGGAACGGGUUGGGCCGUACUGGGAACACGCACCACUAACUUAGUGCGGGGAGCAGGAAUGGGCUGGGCCGGACUGGGAACACGCACCACUAACUUAGUGCGGGGAGCAGGAACGGGUCGGGCCGGACUGGGAACACGCACCACUGGCUUAGUGCGGGGAGCAGGAACGGGUUGGGCCGUACUGGGAACACGCACCACUAACUUAGUGCGGGGAGUAGGAACGGGCCGGGCCGGACUGGGAACAUGCACCACUGGCUUAGUGCGAGGAGCAGGAACGGGCCGGGCCGGACUGGGAACACGCACCACUAACUUAGUGCGGGGAGCAGGAACGGGCCGGACCGGACUGGUGACACACACCACUUGCUUGGUGCGAGGUGCGGGACUGGGUUUCCUCAUAAACCCCCGCUCCCUCUGCUGCCUAACCAGUUCCUCUCGCCGUGCCUCUACUCUCUCCUUCUCCCUUAUCGCCUCCAGUAGCUCCUCCCUCUGACCAACUAACUCCUGCUCCCUCAUGACCAAUAGCCCCCGUAACCUGGUGGCCUCCUCUCCUAUUUCACCGAUACGUCCUGUAGCUGCCUCCAGCUUCCCCGUCGUCCAUGCCGUGUGCCCCCCCCCAAAAAAAUGUCUUGGGGUUGCCUCUCGCCUGUUUGACGACGGCACGGUUGGCGCCGUACCUCCUCUCUCGCCAGGGCUUUAACUUUUUCCCAUGGCCCUUUUCCCGCAAACAUGUCCUCCCAAGACCACCAUUCGCCCACCUGGGACAUCGCCAACUUCUCCAGUUCUUUUCCUGGUGUUUGCUCCUGAACACGCUGCUUGGUCCUGUAUUGGUGGGAUCUUCUGUCACGAUCGUCGUAAGUAACGGACCAAGGCGCAGCGUGAUAUGCGUACAUCUUUUAAUGAGUACUAUACACAAAUAACAAAACGAUACGUGUAGUCCUAGGUUAAACACCAAAACAAACCUUACGGAACAAGAUCCCACAAAUGACAAGUGCAAAACAGGCUGCCUAAGUAUGGUUCGCAAUCAGAGACAACAAGUAACAGCUGCCUCUGAUUGGGAACCACCCCGGCCAACAUAGAAACACAUGAACAAGAACAUGAACAUAGAACAUACAACAUAGACACUACACACCCUGGCUCAACUUUUAAGAGUCCCCAGAGCCAGGGCGUGACACCCCCUUUCACCUGGGCCCUCAGGUUUGGAGGAGGAGGGCAGUCUGUACAUCUUCAAGGACGACCGUGUGAUCGAGUUUGACGGGGAAUUCUCGGCAGACACCCUUGUGGAAUUCCUGCUGGAUGUGAGUAGGAAACAAAGGGGUGGGAGGUGGGAGAGAGAGGGAAGAGGGAGGUGGGAGUUGGGAGAGAGGGAGGUGGGAGAGAGAGGGAGAGCGGGAGGUGGGAGAGAGAGGGAAGAGGGAGGUGGGAGAGAGAGGGAGGUGGGAGAGAGAGGGAAGAGGGAGGUGGGAGAGAGAGGGAAGAGGGAGGUGGGAGAGAGAGGGAAGAGGGAAGAGGGAGAUGGGAGAGAGAGGGAGGUGGGAGAGAGGGAAGAGGGAGGUGGGAGAGAGAGGGAAGAAGGGAGGUGGGAGAGAGAGGGAAGAGGGAGGUGUGAGGUAGAAGAGAGAGGGAAGAGGGAAGUGUCUCUUCCUCCAGUGUAAGAGGGACAGAACCACAGGGGGAGAAUACUUCUUAGCUCAUUAUGUUAUAAUAAAUGAACAGCUUCUGCCUCAUUAGAUGAUAUGUAAAUGAUGCAAUGUAACGCACGGCUCAGCAGGAGAACACUGUAAGUCCUCUUCCCACUUGUCUUUCCUGGGAAAAUAAACAGAGUUAGUGUUUGAAGGGAUGUUGUAAUUAGUAAAUAUAGCUAGUGGUGUAAAGUUUGAAGCUAGUAGAGAGCAAACCUGAUGAAUUAAUAAAAGAUAAACGCAAGGAGUAAACUUGUGUUGCUCAUGUACAGUACAAGCAAUGCUUUUUGCCUAAUACAAGUGGCAACUUUUCUGUAUUUCAAGGCCACUCACUCAUCACAGCCCACUCUCUCCCACUGUGUUAAUGAAUGACCAUGCUGUUGUGCUGCUCUGCCCCCUAGGUGUUGGAGGACCCAGUGGAGCUCAUCAGUAACCCUAUGGAACUGAGGGCCUUCGAGAGGAUGGAAGAAGACAUCCGCCUCAUUGGUUACUUCAAGGGAGAGGACUCAUGUGAGUCUGUGAAUGCCAAAGCAUGUGUUAUGGGAUGGCCUGUUCACACGUGUCAAACAAGUGAAGUGUGUGAAGAACUGUUGGGAGUGAGAAAUUGUCCCUUGCUUUAAGGUGCACUCGUCUCAGUGUGGUUUCAUACUUCAGCUGUCCAAAUCAGCCCCCUUAAAGUCUCCCUGCUGUUCCUGCCCUAUCCUCCCCAGAGGCUCACUACUCCACAUGGGACCUAAUAGAGGCAAAUAGCCAUUAAGCCAGCUGCUAAAAAGACACUUUGUUCUGGGCUGAUCUACACUCCUUCUUGCCUCCUGAGAGGCUUUUAAUAGCUUCUAGUUCUCUGUCUAAUAGGUCGAGAGCAAUUAUAGACAGCGCUGCUCCAAAGAAGAAAAGGAGAAGCGAGAGAAGGGAAGAUAAAAAUCUCCUCAUAUUUGACAGAGGCAUGAUGCGGCUUUUAUUAAGAAAAAUCCUAUUUCGGAGAGAAGAUUGUAGGUCCUAUGGCCGUGACCUUAGGGCUUAUUGAGAGGAUAGCCUGGCGCCUCAGAAGCUGGUUGUAAAAUGGUUCUGUUACUGAGGAGGUGGGAGAGAGAUUACGCUGGGAAAUUGAAAUUGAAUGUCAACCCUUGUUUUCCUGAUCACAUAGCUUUCUGAAGGAAGAUGAGUUUUGAAUGCAACCCUGCCAAACUGUAAUCUCUUUCUUUCUCUCCCUCCUCUUCUUCUUCCAUUCUAUCAGACUACAAGGCAUUCCAGGAGGCCUCAGAGCGGUUUCAGCCCUAUAUCAAGUUCUUCGCCACAUUCGACAAAGCUGUAAGUACAGUACACUCCACAAACCUGAAUCAAGUCAAACAUGUGUGUGUAGGCAAUAUCUAGGUCAGUUUCUACACAACAUCAGUGAUAGCUAAGUGUGUGUGUUGUGAUGCAGACGGCGAAGCACCUCUCUCUGAAGAUGAACGAGGUGAAUUUCUAUGAGCCCUUCAUGGAGGAACCAGCCAUCCUUCCUGGCAGGCAACUCUCAGAGAUGGAGAUAGUGGAGUUUGUCCACCAACACAAAAGGUAACCAUAAAAAGUAUAGUUUAUUUUAGGGCUCGAACACACCAAUAACACUUGCCUGCCGAGAGUACUUGAAACCGAUUUUACAUGUAGGAUCGCGUGAAAAUGUCGGCAGUCAGACAUCACUGAACGAUCGGUCGACGAACAGAACAUCCACAUUUGGUGCGAUGUGUGCGACCCUUCAGUUCUGUGGUUUUAACUUCUCCCAUUGGUGCAGAUGGAUCAUUAGAAUCCAGUCAUUUUUCAUAUCAUCACUGUUAAUAUUCCUGAUCUCAUAUGGAUGACCCAGUUUACUGUUGGAUAUUCUUGAAAUGUUGUGUGGCUGUGGUCUGUCUUCUACAGGGCGACUCUGAGAAAGUUGCGUGCGGAGGACAUGUUUGAGACAUGGGUGAGUUACCUACAGUAUUACUGUACCUCUCCCUGAGAAUAGGGAAUUAUACUGGUAGUAUUAUAUGUGUACCCUUUACUCAUUCAAUGUCCCUUUCCCAGGAGGAUGACCUGGAUGGGAUCCACAUUGUAGCCUUUGCUGAGGAGGAAGACCCUGGUUUGUUGAUCUUUAUUUUCUAAUUUUUAAAGCUGGAAUCCUUAAUGGUGAAACAACAGAUAGAACAGCAGAAUAUGUACUGCAAUUUUCUCGACCCACCUCUCCUCCAUUUUGUCCACACAAAAAAACAAUAACCAAGGUGCUGGGGCGGACAGUGGCGCUGUUUCCCAUAAUGCGGAUUCUAUAUUUAAUGCAGUACAUGGGUAAGGACACAAAUGGGUGUGUACAAAUAUCUCUAAGCUGUCCAUCUGUGAUUUCUCCAGAUGGUUAUGAGUUCCUAGAGAUCCUGAAAGAUGUGGCCAGAGACAACACCAACAACCCUGAGCUCAGUAUAGUGUGGAUUGACCCUGAUGACUUCCCACUGGUAUGACCUCUGACCCCACACACACCAUUACAUAUGAAGACAUAUUUCAUUUGGUGUGAGUUAAUUGUUCAGCUUUAUAAACUGCACCAAUGCUUUGUGUCUGUCUCCCCGAUCCAGCUGACCACAUACUGGGAGAAGACCUUCAAGGUGAACCUGUUUAAGCCUCAGAUUGGAGUUGUGAACGUGACAGACGUAAGUUGAGCUCUCCUUUAACUUAAAUUGUGUUCCACCUGUUGAUUCAACGUAAUGGUAAGAUAACAUCUCUGGACAUCUCAUUAGAAUAGAAUCUGUAUGACCUCUUGAGCUGAAGACAAAUCUAAUUGGAUGAGGUGGCAAGUGGUUGAACUUUGACCCCCACUGUGGCAGGCGGACAGUAUCUGGCUGGACAUGUCCAAUGACGAAGACCUGCCCACGGCUGAGGAACUGGAGGACUGGAUAGAAGACGUGCUGUCUGGGAAGGUCAACACUGAGGAUGACGAUGAUGUGAAGGAUGACUAUGAUUAUGACGGGGUUGACAGGGAGGAUAGGCACCAUAGUGACCAUCACGAUGAUCGUGGAGACGAUGAUGGCAAUGAUGACAGUGACUAACCUGCAGUCUAACAGAGAUUGCAUGGGUUAUGUUUUAUUGAACAGUCUGGUAUUUAUCUUGUAUUUUCAUGGAAAUUGUAGGGUAAAAUGGUAGUUGCAUGAGAAUUAUCGAAUAGUAAACGCUUGGUUUCUUUGGGAUUUAUUUAAAUAAGUACAUGUAUAGCCUUUACUUCUUGAUACCAGGUAGUUAUCUGUAGUGUUCAGUUCUUUGUACUAGAAGCACUAUAAUAACCAAUUGUUAACAUGCAAUUUCUCAGACCAUAGCAGGUAAAUACUUAAUUAGACUGUGAAAUAAAACUGUAACACUAGUCCAUCAUAGAAUAACUUUGUACAUUUUCUAAAUAAAAGCUUCUUUAUGGCAGAUGAUUGUAAAAGUAAAGGUUCUUAGUCCAGGUUGUGUUCUUGAUUCAAUAAAUACUUGAUUGUAUAAUUAUGUGAUACUGUAUGAAUAAAUGUAAUGUAACCUAAA